AAAAUAAGCUGACAUGCCGGCGGCCCCAACGAAAUAAACGUAGGUACACCAAUAUAUAUUCAAUCACAUCUCUGACCACAUGUAAGAAUAUGAUUUGCUUGUUUCACGGAACUCGUGAGUGCUUUAGACUGUGAGUGCAAUGGAGGAUCAAAGUAUACGAUUAUCAAUGUUGGUCGAGCCCCUCGGUUCGGUGCGUGUCAAACUUUCUCUCAAUUUCCCUCUCUCUGAUCGCAGCUGUCCGUCGGAGGGUGUGUGCUGUUGUGUAGUUCUUGAGUUUUAUUUAUACUUCUUUGUUGCUGAAAUAUAAAUGCCUGUUUGGCGCGUGAUUGGAUCAGUUUUGCGCAGACUGCUUUGGAGAGCAGACGCUUGUUGCAUAGCAGAAACAAAGCAAGUUAGUAAAUUAAGCCGGUUAAUCAUUGAAUAGUAUCAGGUGGUUUGCCGUUUAUAAGGAAUUUCCCAGCCCAUCUCGAUGUCUUUGGAAUCUUUUGCGUUAAUCUCUUGAGCAUUUCUUCCCCGAUGGCAGCAUGCAGUUUUGAAGAUAAUCGAACCAGAAAUUUCUUUACAGAAUUUGCUCAACACGAAGCUGGACUUAUAAGCCCAGUUUCGUGUUCAAAGGGAAACUCUCAAGAAAUUUUUCGACCGAUUCCUGGCAAAAACUUUCUACAGCGACAGCCAUUUGACUUGUCAUUUCUUCGCCACUGGGUACUGCAAUCGAAUAAAACGGUUUCAUGGACAAUUUAGGCAAGGAAUGCAUCAAGACAGAUCGAGAAUUUUCUUCUGAAGUGCAAACAGUUCUUUCAGCGGUUAAAAAAAACUCAAUGUAAUUGGCAUUUAAAGUUGUGGAAUGUGGAAGUGUGGCAAACUGUUGAGUUCCGCAGUAUAAUUAAAAGAAAACAUCAGCAAUUUCACAAUGCUUUUACUGUUUGAUUGAUUUUCGUAACUUUUCCACACCAAACCGUGCAAAAACUGUGUUAAUGGUUGUUCUAUGGCAGGAACAGUAUGUAUGGCGAUUUGCAUCUUAACUUAAGUCUCCAGACGUGGAAGAGAAAAUAUAUUUAGUUUCGACAGCAUGGUGGUCAACUUACAGGCAGCCAGUUAUCAUUAUCGGCUAAUAUUUCAUUUGCAUUUGUAUAAUGAUUGUACUGGCAUACAUAGUACAUGUUGCAAAUAAAUUCGAAUAAAUUGAUUAACGUUAUCCUUUUCUUCCUUAGAUUAUUUUGCAGCGGAGUCGAUACAGCCUGGGGCAGUGAGAUCAUCAUUAUCAAAGAGGAAUUCCUAACACACUGACCAUUAUUUUGCAGUGGAGUCGAUACAGCCCGGGCAGUGAGAUCACCAUCAUCAAAGAGGAAUUCCUGACACACUGACCAUUCAAAAUGAUUCAGCAGGAUAUUAUAGAUCCGGAAACUACAAGACUUGUGACGUACGAAAGCAGCAUCAAGUCUGGAACUCACGGCGAAGUGUACCAAAAGCAACUUGCUCAGAUUCUCUUGCUAAGACUAACACGAGAAGCGAAGGAUUUCCAUUUGGCCUAUGAACUGACAUCCGCGCAUAAAUUUGACGAUGUUGUGCUGUACGAUAAGACCGCUAAGCAAUGGAUUUUCAUGCAGUUGAAACAUGCCGACAGUAAAGAAUCAAAGAUAGAUCUCAAUGGCUUGCUUCCACAAACACAUCAGGAGAAAGGAGAUUUCAGUUUAUACAAAUAUUUCUAUUCGUACAUGCUAAUUCGGAAGAGGUUCAAGGGUAACGCUUCUUUUCUGAUUUUCACCAAUAAAAGACUGGAUGCAAAGUUGCAAACCGCCAAUGAUUGCAUCUCGAUCAAGGAUCGAGAAGUAGACGAAUAUCUUCGAUUUACUACAGUAGGAGCAAACCACAUCGAGCUUACACCGACCGAAUCUACAAUUCAGUCAAUCAUGGAGUACGCCAACAAAGACUUAUAUUCGCUGAAGGAUGCUAUCAAGCAACUUUUUACCGAUGGAAUCAUAACAGAAGUAAUACAAAACAACAAAGCCUUUUUGAAUGACAUUUUGGAGCAGUCGAGCAAAUUUCUAAUUGGAUUCAAAGAUACCUUCAACGACUCACUUAUUUCCAUUGCAAAAAUAUACAAAGUGCUUCAGCAAGAGCUGCACAAUUUUAAACCCGUUUAUAAACCAAAAGAACUCGUUAUUGAAGAAGCAGAAAAUGAAUCUCCGAGAUGCCUGACUGUGGAAGAUCAGGAUUUCGACCACCUGGUUGACGCCAUCAGAGGUCUUUUCCGCACCGGUAUUGCAUCAGAUUAUUUGAAAAAGUACGAAAAUUUUCUGGCUUUGAUCCUUACAACGACUACAAAAGGCCAGCUAGCAAUCAAAGACACAUUCAAUAAGGAUAUAGUAUGUAAAGCUGAAUUGUACAGAAUGUUGAAGGCUGAAAUGAGUGACCUGAAUAAGGAGGUUUCCACAAAACAGAUGCUCUUCGAUCGAAGCGGUUCACGGAGGAAAACCCAUUCAGUGUUCUAUGCGGAGCCAUCCGAUGUGAGACAAUUCUUUGUGCAACUUACAUUAUCAGCGCAUCAGCCGGAUAAGUUGGAACCCUUCAUUGUUGAAGAGUUGCACUCGUGGAUGAAAAUGUGGCUGCGACCUGACGUUUUGGGUAAGAUAAAUGAAAACGAUGAUAAAUGUGUGGUGAAAAGAUUGGAUGAUCAUUUUGAAUCAAAGCUAAAACAAGAGCAUAGUCAUUUCAAACCAUACUUGGAUCAACAUUUUGUCACGCAGUUUUGUAACGAGCUACAGUCGAGCAUUGUAAAACAGUAUCCGGAGUUGAGUGAUACAAAUCAGUUAUAUAUAAAUAGGAUGCUAAUUUUUGAAAAAAAUGACAUAGAUACAUCCGAAUAUUUGAACGAUUCCAAAUUUAACGGAAGCAAAACAUCUGAGCAAGACCCCAAUUCAGGAUCAUUGGUUUCACUCGAUUAUGAUUCUUCGGAAACUCUUGAUACGGUUGACAAUAUAUCACUUCCAGACAGGACUCACGAGGAAAUGACCGAUAUUCAGUUUGCAGAAAAUCUGAAGUUGAGGUUUGCACAUUAUCAGUGUAUAGUUUUGACAGCGGACCCUGGGAUAGGUAAGACCGAACUUCUCCAAUAUGUUGCCCUUGAACAUCAAAAAUUGAAAUCAGGUGCAGUUUUUUUGUUUUACUUGAACAGAAUACAAGAUUCUAAGGAUAUAUUAGGAAGUGAAUCAUCAUUGGAUGUUCUGAAAUCUUCGAUAUCUGAAGAGAAUGUUAAACUCAUACAAAGCGUCUUGAAAAAUGAGUCUAAUGAUCAUAUUACAGUACUGUUUGACGGGUACGACGAAGUACAUGAAAAAAAUAGAAACAGAAUUAAUAAUCUGUUUGUGCUUUUAUUGAAAGUGAAACAUGUUCAACUUGUUGUAAGUGUAAGAAAUCAUGAGAAGCAAACGCUGCAGAGUUUUUUCAAGAAGAACAAGUACAAUGUUGGAUAUUUUUCUUUGGAACCGUUCAAUAGUGAAAAUAUUAUUGAGUAUCUUGCACAAUCUUGGAAAGCAAGCGUAAAAAGUGAUCCUCAUACCAAAUUCAAUUCAUACUCCGAAUUCUUGGUUGAGAAAUUCUACAGCUUGUGCAGAGUUCCACUGAUGGUUAAGAUGAUGGCUGAAAUCUACAAACAACGUUUUGAACAAUUCAAAGGAACUGCAAUUAUCGAUAAGGAAAGUGAAAUAAGUUAUUUAGAAAGAGAGUUCCUAGAAGUUGAGCAUAUUUACGAAAUUUUCAUUGAAAAAUGUUUGCUUGUAAAGAUAGAGGAUGCAUGCAAUGGGAUUGGGAAGGUCGACACGAAUAAACAAAUUUUUGAUGGAUUUUAUCUUGAUCAUCAACUGCUAGCAAUAGAAUUUCUUGAUGUUGGUGAGCUUAAAUUUAUAUUUAAUAACCCAAAGUAUAUGAAAAAACGGGACUGCAUCCAAAAAUAUCAUCUGAAUCAGUUUGAGAAAUCCAUUCUUGUAAAAUUUGUUGGAGAUCAUGUAUUUUUUUCACAUCAUUCCUACGCUGAGUAUUUUGUCGCAAACCUUCUGUGGGACGAUUUUGUGUACUUGAAAAGCAUUAUUAAAAAAGUUUUGUCUUUUUUUGCGGGAAUAAGAAGGUUUUUCAUUAAAAUCAUUGAAAAAAAUAUCAAACUGUUCGAAUCAAGAAUCGCACAAGAAACGUCGUUUGUUUCCAAAAAUGUCGUUUUUUGGGCUUGUGAAAGUAAUGCCGUAGAGUUGUUGAAGUUUGCGCUUUCGAAAACAUUUCUGUUUAGGCCAAAGGAGGCCAAAAUGCUGCACAUUGCCAUCAAAAACGGCUGUGACAAAACAUGUUCAUAUUUGAUUCAAGACUGUGGAGUACACCCCGAUGUUAAGUAUCAUGGUGGUCUGGCUCCUUUACAUUCGGCCAUUAUAUACGGACAUAGAAAUUUAAUGCUGCUACUGCUAGAAAAAGGAGCUGACAUCAACAUUCGAAACACAGAGGGAUGGUCAGCUCUGCAUUAUGCAGUUCAUCACAAACGAAUAGCAAUUGCUAAGUUUUUGAUCGACGAAGGCAUUGACGUGAACUCUAUAAACAAAAACAAAUGGAAUGCUCUUCAUAUUUCCUGUAAUAAUGGAGAUGCUGAUAUGACGAAGGUUUUAAUACAGAGAGGUGCACAGCUUGAUAUACAAACGAACGAAGGAAGAAGUCCUCUUCAUUUAGCUGCUGCUGGAGGGCACACAGAAGUUGUAAUCAUUUUAAUUGGAAGUUUGAUCAAAAAAUUUCCUUUGAGCAGUAUAAUCGACAAUGCGUUUCAGACCGCUGUUCGUUACGGUCAUAAUUCUGUGAAGGAAAUGCUAAUCAGAAAAUAUCCCAUGCUUGUUGACGGUGCGAAAGCUGCAGAUGAACCGCUAAUCCACAUUGCUGCCCAGGAAGGAGUGAUUAAAAAAGUUAAAAAAUUGAUACAAGACGGCGCCAAUGUCAAUGCCUUUAACAAAACAAAGCUUACAGCUCUACACCUAAGUGCAGCUGCUGGUCAUCGCCCUGUUGUUGAACUGUUGAUCGAUAAAGGUGCAAACGUAAAUGCUGUUGAAAUAAAUGAAUGGACACCGCUACACUUGGCAUGUAAAAAUGGCCACAAAGAGGUUGUUCAGGUUUUGAUCAAACGUGGCGCAAACAUUGAGGCACUUAAUAACGAUAACUGGACAGCUCUUCAUCUUAGUGCUUUCAAAGGUCACUGUGCUGUUGUGGAUUUACUGCUCAAGAAAGGUGCAAAUGUGGAUGCUGCUGGUGAGCAUGAUAUGACGCCACUCUAUUCGGCAUGCGGGAAUGGCCAUAAAGAUGUAGUGCAGGCUUUGAUCAAAAAGGGUGCUAACGUUCACGCAUUAAAUCGCAAGAAGUUGACAGCUCUUCAUAGGAGUGCUUCCGAAGGAUACUACGAUAUCGUUGAUUUACUUCUUGAAAACGGUGCAAACGUAAACGCUGCUCAAAUUGAUAAAUGGACGCCUCUCCAUUGGGCUUGUCAGAACGGUCACAUCGAAGUAGUAGAGGCAUUACUCAGAAAAGGGGCAAACAUUAACUUGUUGACCUACAAUAAAUCGACAGCACUACAUAAAAGUGCUGCGAGAGGUCACUCCGGUAUUGUAGAUUUACUACUUGAUAAUGGUGCCAAUGUCAACGCUGUUGAUAUGGAUAACUGGACAUCACUUCAUUUAGCUUGCCAGAAUGGGCAUAAAGAAGUUGUGGCGACGCUGAUCAAAAAAAAUGCCAACAUUCACGAAUUGAAUAACAAUAAAUGGACAGCUCUUCAUUUAAGUGCUUCCAGGGGUUGUUGCGACGUUGUUGAUUUACUUCUUGAAAACGGUGCUGACGUCAACGCUGUUGAAAUGGAUAACUGGACGCCACUUCAUUGCGCAUGCCAGAAUGGUUACAAGAAUAUAGUGAUGACUUUGAUUCGAAAUGGCGCCAACAUUGAUGCAAUGAAUUACAACAAAAUGACUGCUCUUCAUAAUAGUGCUUCAAAAGGUUAUAGCGAAAUUGUAAAUUUACUACUUGAUGAAAAAGCAAUCGUUAACGCUGUUGAUGUAGAUCAAUGGACAGCAUUGCAUUGGGCAUGCCAGAAUGGUCAUAAAGAGGUUGUGGAGACAUUGCUCAGCAGAGGAGCCAACAUUCACGCAAUGACGCGCAAAAAAUAG